AGCGUUAUUCUCUUCUGGGGCAGGAGGGUUUCUUGAGAUCAGAUGGAAGCUCUCUCGUAUGCUCAGGAGUACAAAUGAUGAAAAUUCCUCCAAAUCUAGGAACAGAAAUGGCGAAGACUCACCAGCGUCGAUGUACGCUGAUGUCAGGUCCACGAGAUGCCGUGGACGAAAUAGGAGACGAUGAGGACAAGAAUAUGAUGAAUUUAUCGUUCUACACAGCACGUUCGCAAGGCUCGUCCUCGGCACUUUCUCUCGACUAUUCGAGAACUAGCGGGUUCUUCGACUG